CGUAUUACUUUGACAUGUAAAUAUUUGUUUACAACUGACUCCAGAAUGCUGCAAGUCGUGUUCAUAUACCGAAAAGUUAGUUGAACACUCUUAACAAUCCUUUUUUGAUGGACUGUGCAUUUGCAUCAACACGGAACAUUACUUUUUGAAAGACAGGGAAUAAAAUAAAAACAGUGCGAUGUAUCAAUUAUUUUAAAUGUAACCCAAAGUGAUAUAACAGGAAAGAGAUCUAAAAUAGUUGUACAAAAUACCAGAGCAUUAACAAAAAUAACGAAAGGUUUACAUCUUUGCAGUUAACAUCCUACAUUUGACGGAUCGGCGGAGAUUUUACAUCAUUUUCCCAAAAUGAAAAGACUUGGUCGCUGUCACGUACUCAUUGUACUGGUUUUUAUUUUGACUAUCGGGAUAGAUGAGAGCGAGGAAGUCUCUGCCGUUGUCGAAGAUAGGAAUGGAGAUUCUACCACUACCACAACCGUGAAUGUUGACAACCCAACAGACUGUGAUAAGGUCUUCCUUAUUAUUGUGACAGGAUCAGGACCGUUCAAUUAUGUGAUAGCUACUGGCAAUACAGGUGAUGCCUUUACCACUGCCGAAGAUCCGGAUAGCGGUGAUGAGAAACUACAGUGUAACAUGGCAACUAUAAGAACCAAUGCGAUUACGUCGUACAGCUUGUCACUAGCUAUCACUGAUACUGCCGACUCAACGUCAACCACCAAAACUGUUACCGUGACUGUUGCAAACCUCGUUGUUCAAAGUGCAGCAUGUGACCAAGUUCCAAGUGUAACAAAUGGAAGCAUUGUCGGUGGAGAUAUAUCACCCUAUUUUGAGGGUCAGAAUGUGACGUACAAUUGCACAAGCGGGUACACUAUAAUUGGUACUACGACGAUAUCCUGUAAUGGCUCUGGGGCCUGGUCGGAGACACCAUCUUGCCUCAAAGAUUGUGACUCAGUGCCAACAGUACUUAAUGCAGAAAUUGUCGGCGGGAAUCUGUCCUCUUACGUCGAGGGUCAUACCUUGACGUACUCCUGCACUACCGGUUUCACUAUGACGGGAACACCGACGAUAACCUGUAAUGCAACUGGGGCCUGGACGGAGCCUCCAUCUUGUCAAAAAGAUAUAGGUUCAUCUUGCGCCUCUGAUGCUGAAUGUCAGAACACCUUUCACACACCACCCUAUGUCUGUGACAAUACUGUGUGUAAAUUUGGAGUCGGAGGAAGAAAUUGCACAGUAUUGUCAAACUCUUGCUUAACAAAUGGUCGAUGUACGUCGGAUGCUUGUGAGUGUGUUGACGGCUUCGACCCUGUUGACAACAAGUGUUACGAGUUGAUACUGCAAAGCCCAAAUAACGGUAGCAUGAUAGAAAUCUGCGAGACAACGGACAUAAAUAAAGUGAUUGCAAACCUUUCUGCUAGCUUCGCUCCAACAAGUACUGAUUUCGUGUUCAACAUUUCCGACCCGUCGAGCAACUUUGCGAUAGCAGACGACACCAUUAUUGUUGUUUCGGAUUUAGACGUUGAUGUUGAAUCACCCGUAACUUCCUCCGUACUUAUAAUCGAACUUUCGCAUUCAAACAGUUCUCGAACAGUUUCAACAACAAUCACCAUAAAUGUGGAGGAUGAUAAUGAUAAUGCGCCUGAAUUUGGCAGUCCCAGCUACACGUUCAAAAUAAGUAAACAAUCUACAGUCUCAACUAUCGUUGGAAUGAUAGCUGCUACGGACAAAGACAGCACGUCACCAAACAACAUGAUCGCUUACUACACAGUUAUUGGAACCAACAAGUUCGAAAUAACCUCGGACGGGGUGUUGAGUGUUUCAUCUGGUGAAUCGUUAAAUUACACUACGACGCCAUUUUACAGAUUUCUUGUCAUGGCAACUGAUGGCGCGCUGGAAGAUAUGAAACUGUCGACAAAUGUGUCCGUUACUGUAGACAUUAUACCAGAAACAACCACACCACCAAUCGAAACUGAGGCACAAACAUCGACCAGCGAAAAAGAUGCUUAUAUAGGCGGCGGUGUUGGAGGCGCUCUUGUGCUCAUCAUCGUCAUCAUCGUCAUCGUCGUCAUCGUCUGUGUACGGAGAGGGAAGCGAGCUGAUGAUGAAUCCCAGUGCCUGACUGACGUUUCCGGCCGGAAUAAAUCGACUUUACCUUUGGAGGACAUCCAGGCAAAGGAAGGCCAGGAAAACAGCGAUAUUGAUGGCCCAAAGAACCUGAAAGAAAUUCGCCCCAUUGAGAUACACCAGGAUGAGUCCCCAUUAUCUGUAGCGGAAAUUCAGACAACGGAAGGCCAUGAAAGCAGUGAUAAUGAUUGCCCCAAGAACCUGAACGACAUUGGCGACAUUGAGAUACACCAGAAUGAGUCCCCCCUAUAUGUAGCGGAAAUUCAGACAACGGAAGGCCAUGAAAGCAGUGAUAAUGAUGACCCCAAGAACCUGAACGACAUUGGCGCCAUUGAGAUACACAAGAAUGAGUCCCCCCUAUCUGUAGCGGAAGUUCAGGCAACGAAAGGCCAUGAAAGCAGUGAUAAUGAUGACCCCAAGAACCUGAACGAAAUUGGCGCCAUUGAGAAACACCAGAAUGAGUCCCCCCUAUCUGAAGCGGAAAUUCAGGAAAAUGAAAACCAUGGAUACAGUAAUGAAUUAGCAACAAGCAUUUAAACAAGCAUUUCACAUUUCCCAUGGUUUAUAUUCUAUUAAACAUUUCCCAUGUAACAUUUGCUAUUCAACAUUUCACGUGUGUAAUUUUCUUUUGAUUUUUUUCUCACGGUUCAUUUUCUAUUCAACAUUUAAUAUGUUUAAUUUUCUAUUUUACAUUUUCAAUGUGUCAUUUUUCACAUGAACAUGUGCAAGGUUUCAUAUUGUAUGGAGUUAUUAUGUAUUGAAUAUAAUUGAUACACGUUUAACAAUAGUGCAUGCAUAACUUUUUGUAGUAUGCUAUGCAUAUCGCCGACAUAUACUAUCUAUAUAUUAUAGAUCAUUUCAGUAAGAAAUUAUUGCGUUCAUAUCACCGAUUAUGACAUCAAUCACGCAAUUCAUUACUUAUAUUCACACCAAUAGUUUAUUAUUUCUGUUCAAUACUUUCAUUUAAGAAAACCUUACAGCUAUUCUUUCUCACCCAUACUGUAAAUAGAACAACACGACCGUAACCAGAAACAUUUUAUCAAAUAACGUCACAAUAACGCGGGAAAAAAUAAUAAUUUCAAAUCUUUUUUAAACGUAUACUUGAAACGCUUAUGACAACAAAUAAUUAAUUUAUCAUUUAUUAACACUUCACAACAUGUUCAUUUAAGAGUUCGUGAACUGCUGACAUAAUUUAAACAUGAACAAGAUCAGCAAUUUACAUGUAAACUAAUGAGGGAUGAUUCGCGAUCCAAACAUAUCCAAAGAUGUUGCGAUCAUCGAAAAAACAUUCGCAGUUGUCAAAAGGCAGAUUGUUGAGGUGUAAAUAUUCUGAGAAUGAACCUGCAAUUACUGCAUGAUAUAUUGUUAAAACAGUUCAUUUGAGGGACUCCGAUGAUACUUUGAAUUAAUCAAGUUAUACAAACAUAUUUUUAUUUUGUUUUAUUUAAUUUUGAUUGAUUGCUACAUAUACUGUUAGGUUCGGGUAGAACAAGAUUUGUUAAACAUGAAUCUGUAUAAUGUGGGUCAAAAUUGGUGAAUAAUAUUAAUAUAAAUUAUCAGAAUCAUCUUUAUAUAUGUUACCGUAGCGCUACUUGUUGACAUGUUGUGUUUGCGAAACAUGCUUAUUUAAAGCAGCAUACUUUGGGAAUAUUAUGUUAGUCGGUUUAUCCGUGGUGUUGUUUCACUUUGAGUUGCUUGUGGAAGUACCGUAUCGCUCGAGACCAAAUGGAGAGAUUAUAUACCUUUAAACUAUUUCUGAAUAAAAACAGCAAUCUA